AUGGAACUGCAACAAUCCUUUGAGACGAAUAAGAAACCUUCGAUUUUGAAUAAUACAGCACAAGUCGAUCAUUUGGAAUUGACAAGAAAGGAAUGGGAGUCUUGUCUUGAUCCCGGAGAAACCGCUUCUGUCUAUCUUUCCAUUGUUAUAGUUACUAGAGUUGAUAAUUAUGCUGGAGGUCAGCAGCAUCGUUUACAGAAUUUCAUUGAUUCUGCAUAUAUUUUAGCAGAAAAAACACAAACAGACAUGGAAUUAUUGAUUGUCGAAUGGAAUCCGCCCGAGAAUAAAAGGCGAGUGAUAGAUGCUUUUAGGUUUAGAGCAUCCAACUAUUUGAAAUAUAGAAUCAUUACUAUACCAAAUUCUCUACAUCAAAUCAUGAAGAAUCGCGGUAACUCACCUUUACAUGAAUUUGAAGGAAAGAAUGUGGGUAUUCGCUUUGCUAGAGGCGAAUUUGUAGUUUGUACCAACCAAGAUGAUAUUUGGUCUCACAACUUCCACAAUGCUGUUCAAUCAAGAGUCUUUCAAAAAAAUGUCAUUUAUCUACAACAUCAGGAUCCCCAUAAUAUUCAUGAUAAUUUACCACCUUCCAUUGUCAAUUUGGAACCCUUUCCUUCUGAUGAAACCAUCUACGAAAGCUGUAAACUAGGCGAUCAAUCAUGGGGAAAUUACACUCUUCCUCCACCCAUCAAGGUCACUAAGAUUCACAUUUUGGAAGCAGCAGAUCAAGCAGGUGACUUUACCAUGGCUCAUAGAGAUACUUGGAAAAUCCCAAGAGGUUAUCGUGAAGAUGGCGGUGUUGCUUGGAUGGAUAUUGAAUUCAUAUGUACCGCUGCAUGGACAAAGAAUAUUCCUGUUGUCUACGUCAAACCUGGCUUUACUUGCCAUCAAGAACAUGCCAAUGUCUGGGAGAACAAUAAGGAAGCGAUGAACGACAAUAAGAAUAUAGACAUGGGCAAAAUUGAACGUAAAGAAAGUGUUUACAUGAACAAAGAUGGUGAAUGGGCUUUGAUGAAUUACAACAUUUGGGAGAAAGGUUUAGGUUGUAUCGAGUUCCAAGGUGGACUUCCUCUGUAA